AUGAAUGACAGCGCAGCCUCGACGCCGUCGCCUGCGUCGGCGUCAGCAACGUCCGCCUCUGCUGCCGCCGGCUGCGAUGCGGCGCGCGAUAAAACAAUAAAUGUUGGCGAGAGCAGCAGCAGCGUGACGUUGUUAAUUAAAUCAUCGAAUCAACAAUAUGACGAUAUGAACAUCGACAGUGAUCUCUGCUGGACAGUGCAACGGCUCAAGAAGCAACUGUCGCUGGUAUAUCCAGGCAAACCGGACAUCAAUGAUCAAAAAUUAAUAUAUUCCGGCAAACUGCUGGACGAUGCACAAAAGUUAUCAGAGGUAAUACGAAGCUAUAAAGAUGUCUAUCAGCAGCACCACAUCUUUCAUCUGGUCUGUGCUACCAAAAACAUCAUAAAACCACCAGUGAAAGCAACUGCAGCCCCCAUCAAAGAUACCACCCCAACGACCACAGUACGCAAUGAUGCCAGCAAUCCGCGUCAAACUGCAAACGAGCUUCGGCAACGCAAUGUGGCAGCCGCACAACCAUUUCCUUAUCAGCAACUGCAGCAACAGUCUCAUCAACAACCAAAUAAUGCCGCACCCCAUUCCUGGCUGCAGUUCUGGGAACGUGCAGAGAUGGAACAAAAUCAGCGAGCGGCCAACCAAUACAUACCGAAUCCGAUUGCUGCUGGAGCUGUAACAUCGGGUCCACAAAUGGCUUUUCAGCAACAUGCAAUGCUUUAUAAUGCCUGGAUGCAACAGGUUUACGCACAGUACAUGCAGGAAUGGAUGCAGCGCACGACAGCUCCGGGAAUGGGCGCUGCUCCAACAAGCACAGACGCCACAGCCUUGCCACCAAAUUUGCCAUAUGGGCGUCCUUUCCCGCACCACAUGCCAAUGGUGAUGCCCAUGCCCGGUAACUUUAACAAUAUGCGAGUACCUGGUGACACUGCACAGCCGCAGCCCCAGCCGGUGGUAGCAGCAGCUGCUGCUGCAGCUGCGGUUCAGCCCAAUGAGCCACCACAAGCAGCAAUUGGUCGUCAGAGGCAGGGGGGUAACUUUCCCAAUAUACAAGAGGAGCCAGAAAUGCGAGACUGGCUCGAUAGCUUCUUUUCCUUUACACGUCUGGGUAUAUUUGUGACAGUUUUGUAUUUCAACUCGUCGCCCUUGCGGUGCUUGGUUGUAGUGCUCAUAGCAAGCAUUAUUUAUCUCUAUCACAUCGGCGUUCUGCGUCGUCGUCGAGAACGCAACAACAACAAUAUUAAUCGCAACAAUAAUGCCGCUGGCGAGGCUGCCGCCUUUGCGGCUGUGCAACAAAUACAACGUAUGAUGGAUGCCGUUGAGCGAGAUAAUAACGAUCCACAGGAUGUACCAGAUGCUGCUCAGCCUGGCGUCCCUGCAGCCGAUGCUGAGCCAGCGGUACAAGUACCAGCUGCAGCAGAGGCCCAGGAAGCGCCGGAAGCUGCUGCGUUGGCCAGCGCCAAUGUUAAUGCAGGUGGUGUCGAACAGGCAGCUGUGGCCGCCGAAGCUGCUGUUGUUGAGCCACCAAAUGCCAAUAAUUCUGUGAUUUCCGUUGUGCGCACCUUUGUCAUUACGUUCUUCACAUCGCUGUUGCCUGAGGCGCCGGCGCUGUAAAGGGCACCCAGUUGUCACCAAUGCCUGUCCAUAAUUGAUGCUCGCAUGCAGCGGCGCUGAUAUCAGCUGCAGGCGACAUACAUAUGUGCCUGGCUCUGAGUGCGAUUUCCUCUUUAUUCAAUGUUAAUUUUUUUGCAUACCUGAACUAUAUACCAUGUUUUUAGCUGAUAAUAUGAAUUACUAUAUUUAUGAAACGUAACUUUUUGCUAUAUAUGUAUACAUAUAUGUACGAUAUGUGUCUGUGUAAUGUGCAUAAUGCUCUUAGAGCAUUGCAAAAGGGCCUAACCCAAUCCAAUCCAAACCAAGCAAACCACCUCACCUCACACCACAAUUGUCCCUGUCCCAUAGCAUCUAUCUGCAAUUUAAUAGUUUAGUUAUAAGUUUGUUUAGAGCGCUAAUUGUUUGAUGUGAAUAAUUACUACUGCGCUUAGUGGUAGACCAAAUUGUGGAUGAAUUGCAAUUACAAAUAAAUGAAAACCUAUGCUUAUUUGAAUGUAAA